UCUUUCACAAUUCUUUGCGAAUUCAACACAAAACAUUCCCGGAGGAAACAGUGUCGAUACGGACGUUUAAUCUCACGUGCGAAAAAUGAGAAUUGUUUGUUCUGCUUUAAAUUGUAAAUAUUCCUCAGAAGAUGAAGAUUCAUCAAGUGUUAUUUUCAUCAAUUUUCCUAACGAUGACACGGCCAAGGCAUGGGCAGAAAAGUGCGGCAGAUCGGAUUUGGUCGAAAAGUCGAAUGCGGAAUUGCACUUAAAUUAUUAUAUUUGUUCUCAUCAUAUAGAAGAUCGCUGUUACAUAAGCAAAAAUAUUCCUGUUAUUAUAGAACAAGGCGCUGUUCCUACCUUAUUUGGGACCAGCUCACGCACUGAUAGUGAAGAUUCUAUAAAUAUAUUUGAUAAGCCGCAACAUCUUCAAGAAGCAGGUGAUAAUGUAUCGCUAACAUAUUGCAACAUGAAUAUCGAGACAAACGAAUAUCAUAGUCUCACCAUCAGAUUUUCCGAUUUGUGUCGAAUUUGUGGCGAGGUAGUUCUGGAUGGAGUAGAUAUUUUUGCAGCUAAAAGUAUAGAGCUUAAAUUAACAGAAAAGAUAAAUUUGCAUAUGCCCAUUUCGAUUGACACGGAUGAUUCGAUGCCACAGAAAUUAUGCUCUGAAUGCUGCAGCAAAUUGGAGAUUACACAUUUGCUUGCUAUCUCGUGUUUGAAAACUGACAUAAAAUUGAAGAAACUUUUAAACGUUGAGAAACAUCUAGAAUAUGAAAGUAAAUACAACGCAUUGGUUGAGAAAUGUUUACUAGAAGCAGAUGCAGAAAUAUGUAUGGAUAAUAAUACAAAUCCUGAUACUGCAUCAUUUGCUAUGAAUAAGAUGGCAAAUCCUGAUUUAGAAACAAGUUUGGAGGAGUUAGAAAAUGAAGAAAGUCCUGAAGCACAGAACAUUAAUUUUCAGUGCAUUGAUAAAGGUUUUAUGCAAUCAGAAAUAAGUACUAUAGGUCAAACUUAUAAAGAAUGUAAUAGUAAAGAUAACAGUAAUUGUGCAGUGAAAGAAAUAUCGCAAGUCGAACAAGACAAAAUUCGGAAUAGUAAACGCGAUAUUUCAUGCUCUCAGUGCCAGAAUUUUUAUGAAACACAGGAAAUAUUUGAGAAUCAUAAAAUAUUUUGUAUAAAGAAGAAAGAUACUUCCGAAUACAUAACAAUGUCUAACAUGUUACAAGGUAAAAAGGACAUAGAUGUGGUAGUUAACACUGAAUUAGAAAUAGAAAGUUCUCACACAGGCAACGAAAAACUUGAAAGCGAACAAACAAUUGAUAAACCUGAGAUCUCUGAGUCAGAGCAAUUGUUACAUUGUACAAUUUGCAGUGAACUGUUUAAGACUCAACAAGAUUUCGACAAGCAUUCACAUAAAAAUCUUGCCGAAAAUGAUACAAUAGGAGUCCGUAAAAGAUGUGGUCAUUGUAAAGAAAUGUAUUAUAAUAAAAAAGAUCUGUUAAAUCAUAUUAUGCAAUUGCACGGGGGAAAAUUAUUGGUUCGGUGCUUCACGUGCGAUAAGACGUAUGAAAAAUGGUCUAGUUUGGACAUUCAUGAAGCUACUCACAGAUUAGACAAGCCAUAUCUGUGCGAUUUGUGCGGAAAGAGUUUUAAGCACUCCAACUAUUUAAGAGGUCACAAGAGAAUUCAUUUAGACGAAUCUAAAAAAAAAAGACACGUGUGUGAAGUUUGUAAAAAAGCGUUUAGAUCACGGUUUCAUCUGAGAGAACACAAAAAUCAACACGAGGGCAAUAAACCGUACACUUGCGAGCAGUGUGGGAAAGCUUUCUACAGGAGGAUUCAAUUGCGACAACAUAAAUUAUCGCACGGAGUAAAUAAAUACAUGUGCUCGAUCUGCAACGCGACGUUCAAUCGCAGGGGAAAUAUGAAUUCACACGUGAAACGACACAGCAACGAGGAUGGAAUGUAUACCUGCAGCGUUUGUGCUCACAAGUGUAAGUCCAUGAGCGAAUUGAAGACGCACAGAAAGAACCACACCGAAGAAGAAAUAGUCGACAGCAUUAAGAAGAAAUCUUCCGACAAGGAGAUAUGGCGGUGCAACGUCUGCAACAAAGUGUUCUCGAAGCGCAAUGUCUUGAAACAGCAUGAGCAGACGCACGAGAGGGAUAAGAUUUACGUGGAAUGUGACGAAUGCAACAAGAAAUUGGCGAACAAGAACUCGCUGAUGUAUCACAAGAAGUCCGUGCAUCAGAAGGAGAAGCCGCAUAUGUGUCAGUAUUGCGGGAAAUCCUUCAUUUCGAAAGAAGCACGACUGACCCACGAGAGGAUACACACUGGCGAGUGUCCCUACGUCUGCAAGGUGUGCAACGUGCGGUACAGGUGUUCGAAUAAUCUCAACCAACACAUGAGGACCCACACGGGUCUGAAGCCGUACACGUGCAACUAUUGCAACAAGAGGUUCGCGCGCAAAGGCACGUUAACCGUGCACGAGAGAACCCAUACGGGUGUCAAGCCGUAUCCCUGUGAAAUUUGCGGUAGAUGCUUCUCGCAGAAGAACGACAUGAUGAAACACGUCAAGACGCACCGCUGUAAAUCGUUGCAGUGCGACCGGUGUAACGAUGUUUUCAAACGGAAGAAAGACCUGCUGAAACAUACCGCCGUACACGAUACCUCGGCGAUCCUCAACUACGUCGACACAUGUCCUUCAACCUUACGCCAGUACGACUCCUCUCUGAGAUUGAACAUCGGUAGUACGUAAUUCCUGACCGGUAUGGCUUUCUUAAUGGAGCAAUUAUUACCAAGUGGCUGACAUCGAACAUUGUAUAACGCACAUUAUCUGUCUCUGUCAUGGAUCCCAUUUCGGCGAACAUGAUUGUCGAUUAUCUUGCGUCAGUCUCGAAUUUCUCGCAGGGCUGUACUGAUAUUCUUCAAAAUAUUCAACACUGACGAACUCCUCUCUAUUCACCGUUCACAGAAGACGAAUUGUGAAUAGAAAUGAAAAUCCAUGCUGGAACGGUGAGAAUGAGACAUACACACGUUAGAAGAGCAAGAUCACUCCUUCACGUCUUGAAUAAUCCGACAGUGUAUAGUUGAGGUCUCCAGACUCAUGUGUAGAAAAUGGAAAAUGUCGCAUUUACAGUGUUUCAAAAUGUUUCUACGCAAAUAUUUCUUUUAUAUUUGAUAGGGUUAUAAGUUAGUAUAGAAAAUUAUAUAAAUUAGAUAUACAGAUAUGUAAUAUAAAUUAAUUCCUAGCUAUUUCUCAGCAUUACCAAAGUAUACGAUGAACAGUGUGAAUAAUUUCUCUUUACAUGAGGAAUAUUUCGUAUAUUUUGUGCUAUUUCGAUAUUAUUAAUUAUAUUCUUAAUAACAUCAAAGUAUAAAAUUCUUUUUGUGAUGACUAUCCUAUCUUGCAAUAUUCUGAGAUUCUCUUAACUAGUACAACUUGGAGGAAGGGACACGCGGGAUCAGAUGUAAUAAAAAAAGAAGUCAUUGUUAUAUAUAGAAUAAUACUCUUUAUUGUUUUUGAUAGUUCUUGUUUUUCAUAUCGUGCGCUGCAGUUUCUUUUUCAUCUUUUAUUCAAUAUCGAUUUUUCAACGACUCCCCGUGUAUGCUUUUGCUGUCAGUUCUGCUGCUGCCGCUGCUGCUAAUAUAUUUUGGUAGAACAGUACGUGAUACAACUUGACGAUUUCCGAACAAAGAGAACGAAAGGAAAUGGCGACAUGCCCGAUCACUCGCGAACACACGUGUGCCGUAUUAUUCGUCGACCGCAUAUAGGACUAGAGUAAUUGCGAUUUCGCUCUCCUCGUGUACACACUCUCUCUCUCUUUCUCUCUCAUACACCAAUGAUUUUCUCAAUUCCUAAAUGAUCGAGGAGCACACGUGCUUUACUUUUGUGCGCAAACCGACCGAACACAGCGACAACCGUUGCGUCUUCGCAUAAAAACUCCUCGCACACGCUCGUCGCACGAUUCGUUGUUGUUGCUGCUCAUUCUGAUUAUGUCUUGCUUUUACACGCAGCGGCCUCGCAACGCCACGCUCCUACAUGUUUUACGAUGAUGAAACGAGUGAUCGGCGCGUGAUCGAGCGAGAUACAAGUUAACACGCAUCUCGGAGUAUCUCCGGUACUGUUUGACGAAAUGCGCGCACGGCGUCGAAUCAAGGCGGACGACUCGAAGAAGAGAAGAGUUCGAGAGCGCGCGCGAUAAUUUUCCCGAGAGAGGUCCCCGAUCGAUCGAUCGAUCGUCGAGCGGAAAAGCCGCGCGAGAACCGGGCGUCGGAGGUCAACCGGCGGCGCGCCUACACAGAGAUUGCCUACACACGGAUUCCCGUCGCUUUUCCUUCUUUUUUCGAUCCGGGAAGCGUGCGACCGCCCCUCCUAUCCAUAUUUCUCUCUCGUUUUCUUUUUAAAUUAAUUAAUUCUGUCUCUCUCUCCCCCCCCCUCUCUCUUUCUCUCUCUCUCUCUGUAACCGUCAUGUUCUUCGCGCUACUAUGUACAAUUUACAACGUCGUGCUUCCUGCCCUAAUUUUCUUACGACGGCGCCGGGACGCGCGCGCGCGCCCGAUCGCUUCCCCAUCGACGUCUCUCGCCCGGGGACGCUGCUGCUCUCGCACGUUCGCUCCUCCUCCUCCUCCUCCUCUUCCUCGGGUAAAAGUCGCUCUUAUCCUGCGCGUGGAAAAAGCAGAGCGUUACCCGCGACGUCGGAGAGAGUCGAGGGAGAAUGAUAAAAUCACCGUGAGUUCGCGAGCAGUGACGGCUCGGUGUCGCGAAAUAAGUAACUAAUUCUCGAUUAAACAUCGUAAUAAUAUAGGAACUUGAUUGUAGAUCAUUAGCCCGGCCUGUAACAUAAGCCCCGAUGAUUGUUGAAACAAGUUACGAGCUUAGCGCGCGUGCACGCCAAGAGGAAAACGUCGCAAGCAUUGUGUGUAACGUUUCUAAGUCGGCGAAAUGCGGCGAUCUUUGAUCGCAAGCAGGAGCCUGCUCGGGAGGGAAUCCUUCAGCGAAC